AAGCAAAUGAAACUGGGAAUCAUGAUGGGGAGAUGUUUAACCAAUCAAGCCCUGGAUCAAACUUAAAAAAAAAAAAAGGCUGAUCUCUUAUUCAGCACACUGGAAAAGGUCACCUUGUCUUGCUGAAAAAGAAACACAAUCGCUUUGCUGCUCUCUAUUUGUACCUUCUGCGCCCUCGGUUUACCAAGUAAGGCUCUCUGCUUGCACAGACAGGGAUACUCAUGGUAGAUGACAAGGGAAAGAACAUGAAAUGUCUCACCUUCUUCUUGAUGCUUCCAGAGACCGUUAAGAACAGGUCCAAGAAAAGCUCAAAGAAGGUAAACAGUAGUAGCAGCAGCAGCAGCGGCAGCAGCGGCAGCAGCAGCAGCAGCAAAUUACCUCCAGUGUGCUAUGAAAUCAUUACCUUGAAGACUAAAAAGAAGAAAAAGAUGGCUGCUGAUAUUUUCCCCCGAAAGAAACCAGCUAACAGUAACACAACAGCUGUCCAGCAGUAUCACCAGCAAAAUAUCAAUAACAACAAUAUUAUUCCAGCUCCCAACUGGCAAGGACUUUAUCCCACCAUCCGAGAAAGAAAUGCAGUGAUGUUCAACAAUGACUUGAUGGCAGAUGUUCAUUUUGUGGUUGGGCCACCAGGUGGGACCCAGCGAUUACCAGGACACAAAUAUGUCUUAGCUGUUGGAAGCUCUGUAUUUCACGCAAUGUUUUAUGGAGAGCUUGCUGAGGACAAAGAUGAAAUCCGUAUACCAGAUGUGGAGCCGCCUGCUUUCCUCGCUAUGCUGAAAUACAUUUAUUGUGAUGAAAUUGACCUGGCUGCUGAUACAGUUCUGGCAACUCUUUAUGCUGCCAAGAAGUACAUUGUUCCUCAUCUUGCCCGGGCCUGUGUGAAUUUCCUAGAGACGAGCCUGAGUGCAAAAAACGCUUGCGUGCUGCUUUCCCAGAGCUGCUUAUUUGAGGAACCCGACCUGACUGAGCGUUGCUGGGAAGUGAUCGAUGCACAGGCCGAGCUGGCUCUGAAAUCAGAAGGCUUCUGUGACAUUGAUUUCCAAACCCUGGAAAGCAUUCUUCAAAGGGAGACCUUGAACGCCAAAGAGAUUGUGGUUUUCGAAGCUGCCCUCAAUUGGGCUGAAAUAGAGUGUCAACGGCAAGAGUUGUCUGCCAGCAUUGAAAACAAGCGCAAAGUGCUUGGGAAGGCACUCUAUCUCAUUCGCAUACCUACAAUGGCAUUGGAUGACUUUGCCAAUGGGGCUGCUCAGUCUGGUCUUCUGACCCUCAGUGAAACAAAUGAUAUCUUCCUUUGGUACACAGCUGCCAAAAAACCAGAGCUGCAGUUUGUGAGCAAUGCCCGGAAAGGCCUGGUCCCGCAGCGCUGUCAUCGUUUCCAGUCGUGUGCCUACCGCAGCAACCAGUGGCGCUACAGGGGUCGAUGCGACAGCAUCCAGUUUGCUGUCGACAAGAGAGUGUUCAUUGCUGGAUUUGGUCUCUAUGGCUCCAGCUGUGGAUCAGCAGAAUACAGUGCCAAAAUUGAACUCAAACGACAAGGUGUUAUCCUUGGACAAAACUUAAGCAAGUAUUUCUCAGAUGGAUCUAGCAAUACAUUCCCCGUGUGGUUUGAGUACCCAGUGCAGAUCGAACCAGAUACCUUUUACACAGCUAGUGUGAUUUUGGAUGGUAAUGAACUCAGCUAUUUUGGACAAGAAGGAAUGACAGAAGUCCAGUGUGGCAAAGUGACUGUGCAAUUCCAGUGUUCUUCAGACAGUACCAAUGGCACUGGGGUUCAGGGAGGGCAAAUUCCAGAACUUAUCUUUUAUGCCUGAAGGAAAAGGUGGCUUCGCAGAACACUGUGUGAUUCUAUGAUGUACUGGGUCUGGUUCAGGCCAGUUUCAUGCUUAGCUUGUUGUCUGCAGAUAAAUGGUCAGUACAAGUAGGAUAUUCUUAAAUGCAGUGAACAGUUUUGACUUUUGCUGUACUUUUUAUCGUCUCAAUGUAUUUCUUCUACUAAAAGCUCCCAAGAACAAACUAGCAAAUUAAGUAUUAAAGAUUUCCAGCCUUAGCACAGAUGGAAUGCCUUAUUAGUGAAAAAAGAGCAAAUAGAUGUCCUAUUUUUACAUGCAGUGUGCCAAGGGACAUUCUUUUCCGGUCUCUAAUUUGCUGCUAUUUCCUGUCAUUUUGAUUUAUUAUUUAUUUAUUUAUUUAUUUGGUUUUGCUCCUGCAUGUUGUAGGCUUUUGAACAUCUCAGAAUUAAAGGUGGCUUUAGCCUCUUGCUGUUUGGAUGCAGCUCACACUUUCACCUGAUGCUAGUUUAGCAGCAGCAUCACCAUGCCUAGGCUGAGGUUUUGUUGAGGGAACAUCAGAGAGGUGGUUUAAUUGAGAUGAUCUCCUUGAUUUUGACACAACUAUAUGGAGAAGUCUAACAGAAAAUAUAUGAAGUUUGGUUUGCACUGGGCAGCUUUGGAAAUACUGGCACUUCAUAUUUAGUUUAGGUUGUGGCAGACUACAGCAAAAACUCAAGGUCUUGGGGGACAUUCUUCUUAAUUAACCUUAACCUUUCUACAGAGUUCUUCCUCAAGCAAACUGUUGAUAUUUAGAAUGCAUUCAUGCAUUUUUGCUUAGUAUUACUUUCGAGAAGCCUUCCCUAGCUGGUGCCCUCCCAGAUGUAUUGGAGCAAUUUCUACAGCCCUCAAAGCACAUGCUAGAUGGGAAUGAUGGCAGUCAGAGCCCUUCACACAAGGAAAGUGUGCUCUAAUGUAUUAAAUAAAUGGUAUUUACACCAUUAAAAAUCUCUCCGAUAGUUACUUUUCUUUUCAAGGGAUUAAAUGUAUUUCAUUUAAUCAAGUUUAGUAGCCAUUAUUCUGGCAGCCUUUCAUGCAUCAUCUAUAUUUUUUCCACUGCCAGAAAAUGUGUAGCAAAAAGCAGGCAAUGAGUUUUGUGAGUUUUAUUUGCCCAAAUAGUUUUAAGUGUAGGUGUUUUUCUCCAAGUAGUAAAAAUACAGAUGUUCGGAGCAUUUUAUUGGUAGAAAUCACAAUGGAAUGUAUUUGUUCAGUAUACUAUACAGUGACAUUUUUCUCAUUGAACUCAAUGCUAGAUAUUUUAAUGCUUCACAAAUUGAAUCAACUAGUGGAGCAUUUAAACAGGUAGAAGCAAGUAGGUUUGAAAGCUCUGUUUUUGGAUGAGCAUGUAGACUGGAUAUUAGGCGGUUCGGUUAGAAUAUGAAUAUUCACCCAAUUACACAUGUAUUUUUAACACACAUCUCAGAUUUCUAGAUGUUAAAAAUUUUACUAAUCUGAUUCCCUCCACAUGUGUUACACUACAGUUUUCGCUAUCCCCAGCCAGUGUGGCAAAGGGAUUUCUAGCAUUUGUAAUCUAACACAGGUUGCAGCAGAGUUAUUGAGGCAAUCUGCUAUUUGCCAGGCUCAUACAAAAUAAUAUUUGUUUUAACUUAUCAGACACUAUGGCUUGUUCAACAAACUAUAAUUUAAAAACUUCUAGUUUAGCGUUAAGUGUAAAUGUGACCAUUAACAUUGCUUGUGAAUCUGCUUGUAGUUCUCCCUCUGACUACAGAAUACUUUUUAGCACAAGUGUAAAUUACCAGUUUGUUUUGUGCAGCUCACAGUACAGUAAGACUAUCAAAUUUGGGCUGCAAAACUUCAUGUGGCAGCAAAUAAAAAACACUAACUGGGAUUUUUGCAACCCAGAACUGGUAACCCUGCAGUAUCCGUCAAACCUGUCUUUUAAAAAGGGGUAUUUGUGAUUUAAAUGUUUCUUGUUUAAUUUUUGGUCUUUCAGAUGUCAGUCAAGCUUUCCUUUUCCAGAUUUUUCUUUUUUAUUGGUUGGACUAUCUGCAUUCCUGACAGGAAAAGGUUGGCAGAUAGCUUUAAAAGAACAGAAAGAAAAAUGAAUAUAGGUGAAUCAUACAGAACAACAUCAUGUUUGUUGUUGGCACUGUCUCAGAAAGGCAACCCCUACAUUUUUCAGUCUAGGAAGCCACUUAUAAUAUUAGUCUGAAACUGAUUUGUCCCAAUUUUUUGUCUCCAAAAAAAUGUGCAAUUCCACUGCCGUAUUUUUUAAAAUGAAGUAAAUAUAAGUCCUUCCCACUUGCAACGUACCUUCUUAGCAUGACAUUUACCGUCAUAGCUAUUAGAGUUGUGGCUUUUAUCUGUUAGCGUUUCUACCCAAGGCAGCCAAAGAAUCUGAAGUUGUCAGUAAAAUGACAAAAGCAGUGUCACACUGCAUGCUCUGCUACUUCCGUAUACAUAAAUCACAGCACAUGUGGGGCUUCCGUUGUGACGGCUCAACAGUGCUUUCGUCAUCCUGCCCCCCCACCACAUCCUUGUGGAUGCCUUUAGUCCCUACCCUAUAUCAGCUUUUUGUAUUGUGGUGGCUUCAUCUCGAACUUGAGCUACAACUUACACAAUUCCCAGGCAGGAUAACCAUUGAUAGUCCCAAAAUAUUUGCAGACUGCCUCCCUAAAUAUUUUUACAGGCUGAAAUCCUGGUUUCUGGUUGUAUAUAUGCCAUUAAAUAGCUGUGGUGCCCCAAAUACUAUUUAGAACUACAACAUGAGAAAAUUUAACAGUAACACUUUCUCAGCAACGUAGCAUAUUAAAAAAUAGACCCACAAGGCAGAAGCUGUCUUCUAAGGACAAACGCUACUCCUGUAUCUCUCGUACUUUUAUUAUCACAUAUGAUACUGUUAAAAAAAAUUGCUUAUACCUCUCAGAAGUAUAAGUACGUUUAGAUUAAAUGGAAGUUGCUUUUCAAAGAAAUGUAAACGAUUAUAUCCUCACAACUAAAAAACCAAGUAUGGUUCAAAAACUGGAUUUAGACUAGAGAGACCAGAGGUCAAAGUUCUUUUCAGUCAUAGAAUUUGUUCCAUUUUCCUGAGUCCUUAUGGAGAAAGUCAGUCUCAAUCUAACUUUCAUCACAGUACCAACCGGAGGAUAUACAGGGUUGCUGUUGCGGGGAAAAAUAGGAGGUGGAAGUAAUAGGCAUGUUCGCCGCCUUGAGUUAUUCAUAAAAAUAAUAAAGGCAGGAUAGAAAAUAAAAUAAAUAAAUAAAUAAAAUGUUUGGAUAGACCAUACAUAUUGGCUGAGGUCUUUUGAGGAAGGGCCAGAUAAAAGCAUCCAUACAAUUCGUUUGGGAGAAAACGUUCUUCUCAUAGGUUAUUUUUUUUCCAACCCAAUUAAUUUUUAGAUGUUUCAGAUAUGCCAGAUAAAAACACAGUGAAUGGCAUGGUUUCAGGAAGACUGCUGGCAGUACCUUAAAAUGAAAUUAAAACCAGUUUCCAGACUUAGGUCUCAUCAGUUGCCCUGUGCCCUCUCGGCCUCUAGAUGGCGUAUACGCACUGCUACUUUUAGCUAUACCCCGUUGAAGCACAUGAUGUUUGAAAGGUCUCAGUUUUAUUCUGGAAAAUCUGUUGUAUUUCCAAUAAACCUUUGUGGAUGAUGAACAAUGAAACUGAAAUUAGUAUAGUCACAGUCAUUCCUGAAGAGAGAAAUGAAUUAAUCGUCCCUGACACCUGGUUGCACAGCUCACCCUCCCUUUUUAGAGGGCCACAGACAUGUAUUGAAUCUUUCCUUCUUUGCCUGUUCCCAUAAUUGGUUACAAAGUAGGCAAUUUGUCAGAAUAAAUAUGGAUAAAUAUUUAGCUUGCUUUUAUGUUGAAGUCUUCACUGCAUUUCAAUGUAUUGUUUCCAUUAUUCCACAAAUGUAAUGCCAGUGAAAUCUGCAUAUAUCACCAUAUGUCAAAAAUGGUAGCCACAUGUAUGCCCUACUUUGAGGUAAACUUAAGUAGGAUAUUAAUUACUCCUGAGAAAUAGACUGAGCAGUAGGCAGGUCUGCAAGAAAUAGAAUACUCCCAUUGCCAGUCCCAGCUCCUGCCAACCUAGCAGUUCGAAAACAUGCCAAUGUGAGUAGAUUAAUUGGUACCGCUUCGGCGGGAAGGUAACGGCGUUCCGUGAGUCAUGCUGGCCACAUGACCACGGAAGUGUCUACAGACAAACGCGGCUCUUCGGCUUUGAAAUGGAGAUGAGCACCGCCCCCUAGAGUCGGACAUGACUGGACUUAAUGUCAAGGGAAACCUUUACCUUUACCUAAGAUAGUUAAGCUGUACAGGAGGACUGUAUUAGCCCAAAUUGGGGGGGGGGAUGAGAUGAGUUCAGAGUUUUGAGUGUGUAAUUUUGGUUUAAAAUCACCAUGUUGCUUUUUUAAUUUGAAAUGACUUGUUUUCAAGGGCAAUACUGCAAAGGCAUUUAUACUUUUUCUCUGCAACUGUGAGAACUAAAAACAUGCAUGAAUUCCAUAGAUCCUGAAUAAGCUAAGAAAUCUGUGCAACAGAAUGUAUGACCAUGCCUACACCACUGAAUACUUGUAUUUUUUCUGAUGUUCUGUGCAAUCCUACAUACAGUUUUGCUGACUUGCCUACGAUUAAUUCCUAGGUAAGUGUGCUGAGCUGCGAUCUUAAACAGUAAGCUACAGUGUAUAUUACAUGACUUUUUGCAGUUUUAAUGCCUUUUAAAAUUCAACUCCUAAUGUUAAUUCAUUAUUUUCAACAUACAUAACCUGCCUUUCUAAAUUUUAAAAUAGCACAUAUUAAAUAUUAGGAAAUAUUGAGAAAAUCAGAACUAAAGAACUAAAAGGUACGAGCUGCAUUUAAUGACAACUUUAAAGGGGUAUUUUGUAAAAGCUUGGAUGGAAUAAAAAUUGACUACACUACCAGUCUAAAAGCAAGCCAUAAUGGGGCCAAGCAGAUUUCCUUUGGGAGGCUGUUAAGAUAAAUGACUACUUGAAGUAGCUGUCAAAUCAGAAUGAAGAGUCAGGAAAAUGCUACCUGGAAUGGGCUUUGUGAAUGUGUAUGUAUUGGCUCUCAAAGACACCAAAAACUUAGAACGAAGCCAACAUUUUCUUUGCAUGUUACAGAAGAAGAAAGUUUCAAAUUUUGUUCUAUAGACAAUAUAAUGAAAUUUAUAAUUGAUAAGACAAUUCAAUUGUAUAAAUAGCAAUGUUAUUAGGAAGAUAAUAAUUACGACUUUUAGGACUGUAUUUAUUUAUCUAGCCUUUGGUCUGUUGUCCCCCCCAGGGAGCAACUUGGUAAGAGCUUUGAGUACUUAUAUCUUCCGUGCCAAAUAGAAUAAAACAAAUGUAUUUACCUGUACUUCAUUUAAUUUAGUAUCCUUCUGAAUACAGGAUACAUUUCUGAACUGGAGAGGGAGUGUUUAUUGAACUGGGUGGACCUUAAUAUGUUUCCAUCAUCUGAUGUUUUUCUGACAGCAACGGAACAGGCAUUUUAACUUUGACUCUGUACUCUGUAACUACCCAAGCUAAAUUGGAUUCAUUAAACUCAAAGUAUGUUACCUUGUGUAGAUUGUGGACAGAAUGAGAAGAUUUGCAGCAUCAAACUGUAUUGGAGAACUAAGCAGGAUUACAGAAUUGUCCCCCAAAUUAGAGCUUUACACCUGAAACAGAAAGUUCAAAUCCUAACUUGUUAGGAUAAUAUAUUAUAAUACAUUGGUUUAGUCUUCUGGAGCCAUCCAAUAUAUUCAUCUAAAACAAAAGAACCUGAGAUAAAGAGAAAAUAUAUUAUAGACACUGUUGAAAUUAUUCUGAAUAUCAUCCUGCAAACUGAACUGAAAGGGGAAAGAAAGUUACUACUGGAUGUCUGGUGUAAUACAUAUUUGAGUUGAUCUGACAUACUAUUUAAGCAAAUAUUCUAAUUUCUACAGUACCUAUUGCACUGGGUUUUUUUAAAAAAAUGAAAAAUUUAAACUCCGUUAAUUCAGACACAAUUGCAUCUAGUUGUGUUUGGAACAGUGCUUAAUGAUAGCAACUAAUGGCAUUAUUUACGAAGGACAUAUAUAAAUACAAGUACCUCAAAUCGAAUGUUACCAUACUGUAUCUUUACUGUAACAGUGCAGAAUUUUAGUAGACACAUGAAUGUGUAUAAUCACAUUUAAAAUAAAAAUAAAAAUGAAACUGGUUCUUACACUGUUUCCAGCGUGCUUCUGAACCUUCUUAAAUAAAUGGAAUCCUGAAUGUGAAGAAACUUU